AUGGAAGAAAUUGGUGCUCAUAAUACGAUGCCUCAAAAUUUGUCACAUACAUCAUUAGCUGAAAGAUGUACUUCUGCGAGCUCAGAGGGAGGCUCUAGUCCGUCAGGAAUAAUCAACGAUGGGAACGACAGUGGCGAAGACAUCAUUUGUGAAGGUUGUUAAAAGAGUAUAGAAAUCCAUAAGGUCGUUUUUCAGGUGUCAUGUUUUUGCCUCCCAAACAUUCACACCCAGUCAAGAGAAAAAGUUUGUCGAUUACCCUUUGAAAACUUUUUUUGGAUUUUUCAGAUCGCGUAUUCAGAAAUGAGCUUCAAAAGCUUGUUUUUUCGGCCCCUGGUGAAGCGACCUUGCGUCAUUUGCCAACGGAUCGCGAAUUAGUGGAGAGUCUCUGCCUAGAUCCGAUAUACCAGACAACCGACAUGCGAAAGCAACGAGCCGCGAGAUCAUCUUCUCAUCGUGAGUUUUUUUGAAAUCAUUUUUUCGGCUCUCAAAUUACUAUGAGAAUUUCGUUAGUUAUUUUAAUAGCUCUAAAAAAAGUUCUUGCCCGCCUUUCCAAUGCGCAGAAGUCCGUCAUGAUUGAAAAAAGGUUCCUGAAACUGUCUUUUCGCCUGGAGACCUCUUUGAAUGUUUGCUGUGCUUUAUAAAGACAUUCAGCUAAUCAAUUAUAAAGAGUACGGAAAAAAACGUUUAUUUUUUCUAUUCAGAAUCUGAAAAACCGCCGAUGAAGGUCGGGAAACAGUACAGCCACAAUGCAAAAGGUGAACUUAUUCUGAAUGAAGACGACAAACCUGAAGAAACCUACGAUUUAUGCGACUGUCUCGACGUGAACUGCGACGGUUGCGAAUGGCCCUGUUCAAACUGUGGAAGUCAGUAAAAAAAAAUUAUAAUUUUUUUUUGUUGCAUAACACCAACGGUUUUCAGGUUCGAAGUGCGGUUAUGAGUGUCGACAGAACCGCCGUCAUUGCGUUCUGUGGGUGGCCGGGAAGGAUCCCAUCACUGAAGCUACCUAUAAUCCGCAACAAGGCUAUAGAUACAACCCAUUGCUUCCUACAAGUUUGACACACUGA